GCUCGCCCCCGCCGCCGCCGUCGUCGUCGCCGCCCGGGUGAAGCGCUAUGGAGGGAGCCUCGGCCAAGCGCUGGUACUUCAGCCGGGAGCAGCUGGAGAAGAGCCCGUCCCGCCGCGCCGGGCUCGACCCGGACAAGGAGCUCUCCUACCGGCAGCAGGCGGCCAACCUGCUGCAGGACAUGGGCCAGCGCCUCAACGUUUCCCAGCUGACCAUCAACACCGCUAUCGUGUACAUGCACCGCUUUUACAUGGUCCAGUCCUUCACCCAGUUCCAUCGCAACACGGUGGCCCCAGCAGCCCUGUUCCUAGCGGCUAAAGUAGAAGAGCAGCCCCACAAGCUGGAGCACGUGAUCAAGGUGGCCCACGCCUGCCUCCACUCCCAGGAAACGCUGCCCGACACACGGAGCGAGGCUUACCUGCAACAAGCCCAAGACCUGGUCAUUCUAGAGAGCAUAAUACUGCAAACCCUGGGCUUCGAGAUCACCAUCGACCAUCCGCACACCCACGUGGUGAAAUGCACACAGCUUGUGCGAGCGAGCAAGGAUUUAGCCCAGACAUCAUACUUCAUGGCGACUAACAGCCUGCACCUGACCACAUUCAGCCUGCAGUACACCCCGCCUGUCGUGGCCUGCGUCUGCAUCCACCUGGCCUGCAAGUGGUCCAACUGGGAGAUCCCCGUGUCCACGGACGGCAAGCACUGGUGGGAGUACGUGGACGUCACCGUCACCCUGGAGCUCCUGGACGAGCUGACACAUGAGUUCCUGCAGAUCUUGGAGAAGACCCCCAAUCGCCUCAAGCGUAUCCGCAACUGGAGGGCCUGUCAGGCGGCCAAGAAAUCCAAGGCGGACGAGCCCGGGAAGGACAACGGCCUCUCGGAGCAGACGAUCCUGAGCAUGAUCUCCCGGAGCUCGUCGGACGUGGCAGUGGCGGGCCUGAUGAGCAUGUCGGCCGCCUCGGCCGCGCCCGCCCCGCCCGCCGGGCCGGAGGACUGCGCCUCAGACCCGCUGCAGGGCGAACGCUGGGCCCCGGGGCACUCGUCCAUCAAGCUGGAGGCCGCCCAGGGGCACCGGCCGGGCGAGGGCCCGGCCCUCCUCGGGACGGAGCCCGGCCUGGCGCCGGACGGCGUGGCGGCCUUCCUCGCGCAGAAGCCGGGCGGCAAGGGGACCCCGGCGGCCAAGGUGUCCCUGAAGGAGUACCGGGCCAAGCACGCGGAGGAGCUGGCGGCCCAGAAGCGGCAGCUGGAGAACAUGGAGGCCAACGUCAAGUCGCAGUACGCCUACGCGGCCCAGAACCUCCUGGUCCAGCAGCAGCGGGAGCGCGAGGCCCAGCAGGACGACCACCCGCCGCCCGCGGACCGGGCCGUCCUCAAGGCCAGGCCCCCCCAGGCGGGCGGUGGCGACAAAGCCCUCCCCUCGAGACCCGACGAGAUCAAGAUGCGCAUCAAGGUCCACGCGUCGGCUGACAAGCACGGGCCCGCGGACGAGGGUGGCGGCAAGAGCCGGGAGCACAAGGAGAAGCACAAGAGUCACGCGUCCAACCACCACCACCAUCACCACCACCAUCACCACCAUCACCACAACCACCAGGCCCACAAACACUUGCACGGCCAGCCCGGGGCCGGUAGCAAGCGGCCCCCGGACCCCAAGCACGGCGGCCAGCCGGCCUCCUCGGCCCACAAAGGCUACGGCCCGCCCGGCUCCGUCACCGCCCCCGCCGCCUCCUCCUCGGCCUCCAGCUCCGGUCGCAAGCGGCCCCUCCCCGAGGAACUGGCCGUGGCCUACGAGGUCCCAGCCAAGACCAGCAAGUCGGCCCCUCUGACCUUCCCCUUCCCCCAGCUCCCGUCCGUGCCCCAGCUGGCCGCCCACAGCGUGGACGCCGGCGGCCUCCCCUUCGCCCCGGCCGCCUGCAAGGGCCGGGCCGCCCACGUCAAGGCGGACAAGGGCCCCGCGGGGGCCAACGGGCACAGCGCCCCUCAGCCCAUCGACUACCAGGACACCGUGAACAUGCUCCACUCGCUGCUCAGCGCCCAGGGCAUGCAGCCCAGCCAGCCGCCCGCCUUCGACUUCCUCCACUCGUACGGCGAGUACCUGGCUCCCCGGGCCGGCGGGAUCCCCGCCCGGGCCGCCGACAAGCCCCGGCCGCCCCCGCUCCCCUCGGAACCGCCGCCGCCCCUGCCGCCGCUCCCCAAGUGAGACCACCCCUCCCUCACGCACACCUCCCGUCACCCAUCUCGCCCACACCCACACCUUUUUUUUUUUUUUUUAAAGAAAAAAACUACUGAGUUUGGAUCGUCGGAUCGAUUUUUCCCCUCCCGCCCUCUUGUACCGUGGGGCACAUUCCCGGGGCAGGAGGUGUGUGAGGGGUUGGGGGGGGCCGUGGGGCGCUCUCUACUGCCCCAGAGGUCACUAUUUUAUUAGUUUGGACUGGGAUUGGGGAAAUGAGAGCGCUUUUGAAGCUGUGAAGGUUUGGGAGGUCCGGCUUGGCCACCCCUCCCCAUCCCCCCCCGGCCACUACCGCUUGUUGGGCCGGAGAGGUUGAGUUUGGGGUGGCUUUUUCCUUUUUCUUCAGAAGGGGCAGAAAAAGCAACAACAAAAACCAAAUCACCAUGGUGAAAUUUCUGGGGUUUUUAUAUUAUCAGAGAGGACUAUGGGAGUAUUUAAACCUGUCAUAGAAUCUUUUUAAGAGACUUUUACAAAGUAAUUUAACAAAAGUAAGUUAUCUGUUUAGUUUUUUUAUAUAACCGGGAAGGGGGUUGGGAACGGUAGGAAAUCCCUGAGGUGGGGCGGGGGGUGGGGGGAGGGGGUCAUGAAGGGGCAGGCCUUUGGCCCCAGGGCACCGUGGUCAGCCCAGGCCAACUUGAAGGUUGGGUGCUUGCCUGUCUCCUCUGUCGUUCUUCGUGUCACAAAAAUCAUGCUUCGAUACUGCCCACUCUGGGUGCCCCCUCUCCCUCCGCCAUCUUGUUUUAGAGAGAACGGGGGCGGUCCGGGCUCGUCCAGCGGCCGGCAGCAAUCUCUGGCUCGGCCCGAAGGCUCCUUCCCUCGGACUGGCUUCUGGGGGGUGGCGGGGGCAGCUCCUGUGCUCUUGGGGCCGCCCCGACCUCGGCCGGGUGUUGAGGCCGGGCAGGAAGCUCUCAGAGGGGCCCAGUGCGAAUAGCUCCGGAGGAACCUGGCAGACGCAAUCGCGUUGUGAUUUAUAAUCGUGUGAUAAAUUGCAUUAUGGAAUGGGAGACUUGCCUUUUUUUUUUUUUAAUGGUCAUUUUUAGGGGGACCCAGGCCGCAGGUGCAGUUGGGAAGUCCAGAGAGACUAGCCACUUCCCUCUCCCUUCUCUCCCGUCGGGCCCAGUGGCCCCGCCUGGCCCUGUCCUGGGCAUUUCCCUCACCCCUCCUCCUCCUCCCUCACUUCUCUCCUACCUUAUUGAGCCCGAACCCCAGACUUCUCCCCCAUUUGCUGCUGAAACAGGUCCCUCCCCGGAGGGAGGCCCACCGGCCGGCUACACCCUUGCUCUCCCUCCACCUCUCCACAUACCACUCUGGUCUUAGCGGUUGAGCCCCUCUUGUCUCCGGUACCUGGGCCUGAAGGCUCCUGGCUACCCUGGGUUUCCCCAGCCUCUGGCAGGCAGGAGAGUGAAGCGGGGGAGGUGAAGGCUGGGAGGAGGAGGAGGAGCCCUGAUGAUCCCUCGGGUGCUUAGCUUUGAUCUCUCCUUAUUAGCUUAAGGAAGAACCUGUGAACUGCUCAGGGGAGUUUUGAGCCAGAUCCUAAAGCUACUCUUAGCCUCUUUCAUCUCAACUCCUUUGGCGAAAUGAGAAAUGACUUUUAAAAGCCGCAUCAAAAGGGACCAUUCCUGUCGUUUGGGCCUCCAGGGUUUAGUCUGGUCCUCCCGGGUGCGGGCAGGCGGGCACGUGGUGUCCCAGCCCCACCUGGCAUGUGAAUCCUCGGUUACCUGGACCCUCUAUGAGCCCCCACACAGGCGCCUGGCACCGUGAUGUCUGAGUCUUUCUUCCAGGGACAGAGGGGCUCUGUAUGGAGACCCCAGACUCUUGGGCUCAUCCAAACCUCCGGGGAGGGAAGGUGGGCUCCCUCUGGCCCCUGAAAGCCAGACCUUUCCCCAAAUCCCACUCCCUGGUGCCCCUCGGGCGGAAGCUGAAGGAUUCCCGGCUCUGAGAGAUGGGAGUAGAUCCCGGGAUUAAGUCUGGGCCAGUCUUCUCAAGGAGCUCACCCUUCCAACGCCUCCUACCCUUUUGGCCGAUGGGGUCUUAGGGUCACCUCAGUGAGAGAAAAAGUGAGAUUCUCCCUGGGGAUUUGGGGGGUAGCUGCUUCCUGGCCAGUUUUCUGCAAAGGAAGGGGGCUCCCUGCGAUCUCUGCGGCCCCCGAGACCCUGGGGGAAGGAGAGUUCCCCACUAGCUUGGUACUGUAACCUUCAGGAGAGUGACCUGGGAGAAGAGAUGGUUUCUUUUUUAAUUGUGGGGGGGAGGGGAGGGGAGGGGGAUUAUUUGCUUUUUAAAAAAAUAAUAUGCUUCGUAAGCAUUUUAAUACGAUCUUAGCCGAGGAAAGAAUAAGAGAAUAAUGUUUACUAAAAACGAGCGCUUGCCCCUAAUGCAGAUAUGUACCGAAGGUUGAAAAAUCAGGAAAGACGGACUCAGGUUUGGGUCCCGGCUCACGAGCGCAGAGAGAGAGGGUUGCCUGACAGCACGUUUCAAGUUACGGGCCAGAGCGAGCCACCGUCCACGGGAUCGGGCGGAGAGCUGCCCGGCGGGUAGGGGAGAGAGAAGGGCCGCCUGGUCGUGGGCUCCAUGGCGAAGGACGCAUCAAGCCCAACACUAAGUUUCUGGAUUUGAAACAGCCAUCCUCCCCGCCAUCCCCCCACUCCCAGCCGCGAGAGCACCCCCAAACUCUGGCCCAUAUCCGUAUCAGACCAAAGAACAAGAAAACUAAGAGAAAGAAACCACUGUCCCCGAUGACUGUCACUCAGGUACUACCGUGUGGUAAGAAUUUUGCAUGCGUCCCUCCGUACCGCUCGAGACGAGUCCCUCUGCGGAAAACCGUACCUCCGGCCGCCGGGGUUCUCAGGGCUCCACGUGGACCCCACAGACCUCUCCUGCUGGCGGGCACGGGGAUGGGGGAGCCGGGUAGAGGGUCUGUUUCAGCAAGGGCUCUUUUUACAAAAAUGAAAAAAAAAAAUCAAAGCAACAAAAAAAAAACCCAGGAAGAUGUAUGCCUUUUAUAUUCUGGCUAGCAGUUAUUUGAUAUCGCUGUCGAGUAUGUUUCUCUAUCUGUAUUUAUCCAUCACACCAAUAAAUGUUAAAGGUAAAAGA